AAUUUAAACAAUCCCAAAUAAACCGGAUCAAAAUGUGCACAUACGUAUUAAAUAGUCAAAAAGGAAGGGAUAAAAUUUCCGUUAGAAGAAUUAUGUUUUGUAUAUCGGAAGUGAAGUCUAUAGUUGAAAAUCAGCCGACGAUAAUAACGUGACGCGUUUUCUGUGUAAGCCAGACGUUAGCGCCUCUCGUGAGUUGCGCAACAGUCGCGAGGUCAGCAUCAUUGUAACUUUUGGCGCCAAUUGACUACAAGGCGCUAUAUAUUCCAUUUACAAAACAAUUAUAUUAAAAAAGUAUGCCGCCAAGGAAAGCAACAAAACGGCCAGCUCACAAUUCUGCAAAAGGCCCACGAGAGCCAAAACAGAUAAGGAAAAAACAAGAAUUAGUUGUGAAACCUGAUUUACGACAAUCUGCGACUGGCGGCGUAUUAUUAGUAUUUGGACAAGGCGAUGUUGGACAACUAGGUUUAGGAGAAGAAGUUGUUGAAAAAACACGACCAGCAGUUGUACCUGGAUAUCAAGAUAUAAUAUCUGUAGCAGCUGGUGGUAUGCACAAUGUGUGCCUAAGACAAACCGGAGAAGUAUUAACAUUUGGAUGCAAUGACGAAGGAGCAUUGGGACGAGAUACAUCUAAGGAUGGUUCUGAGACUGAACCAGGUUCCGUUGAAUUACCAAAUAAAGCUAUUCAAGUGACAGCUGGAGAUUCUCAUAGUGCUGCUUUAUUAGAAGAUGGACGAGUUUUUGCGUGGGGCUCUUUUAGGGAUUCUCAUGGUACUAUGGGUCUAACAUUAAAAGGAAAUGAACGAUUUCCAAUAGAAAUACUGCCUAAUGUAAACGUAGUUAAAAUAGCAUCUGGUGCUGAUCAUUUAGUGUUACUUGAUAAAAAUGGACAUGUAUAUACAUGCGGUUGUGGAGAACAAGGUCAAUUGGGACGAGUAGCUGCCAGAACAGCUAGUAGAAAUACCCGUCAUGGUAUGGGUCCUUUAUUAACUCCUGGUUUAGUUGAAUUUAAAGUUACUAAAAAAUUAGAAUUUGAUGAUAUUUGGGCUGGAACAUAUUGUACAUUUGCUAAAGAAUAUCAAAAGGGAGAUAUAUAUGUAUUUGGAUUAAAUAAUUAUUAUCAAAUUGGCUUAAAAGAUCCCGUAACUCAUUUUCAUCCACAAGUUUCAAAAACAUUUAGUGGAAAAGUUUGGAGGCAUAUUAGCAGUGGGCAACAUCAUACUAUUGCCUUAGAUGAUUCUGGUCAAGUAUUUGUUAUGGGCCGUAAAGAAUAUGGACGUCUUGGACUUGGUUCUAAUUGUUUGGAUGCAAAAGAAUUAACACUAGUUCCUAAUUUAAGUUCCUUUAAAUGUAUUGAUGUUGCAGCAGGCAGUGCCCAAUCUUUUGCUGUCACUGAAUUAGGAGAUUUAUAUUCAUGGGGUAUGGGUUCAAGUGGCCAGCUAGGUACGGGAGAAGAAGAGGAUGUUGAAGAACCUACACUAGUCAAAGGAAAACAAUUGGAAGGAAAAACAGUAGUACGAGUCGCGGGUGGAGGUCAACAUACAUUAACAUUAGCAACAAUUCAUCCAAUGAAAGAAAAAACAGCUGGUUAAUAUUAAAUGACUUGUUAGAUUUAAAUUUAAAGUGUUUCAUAUAUGUGAUAAUAAUUUGGACAACGAAGGGAAAAAAGGAAUUAAUGAUUUUUAUUCUCCUUGAACAAAAAUUACAUUGAAGGAGAAACUAACAAAUAAAACUAAUUCUGAAGAUGUAUCGUAAUUUCGAUAGUAAAACGAUACUUAUAUUUGUACAUAAUUUUUUUGUGCUAAAAAAAAUUGCAUCAUUGUGUUUAUAUAAUUAAUAUAUCGACUGAUUUUUUGAUUGCAUUGUUAUUUUUUCUACUUGAUUGUAUUAUGAUGAAAUAAAACACUUUUCUACUUGUGAAUUAUAUAUUAUUAAAAAAAUGUAUCUUUGUUAUAUAGACCUGAAUUAAGUUUUAUUACUUAUAUUAAUGUUUCAAAAUAUUAAGUAUUUAAUUAAUUCUGAAUCAUAUUUAAAUUUUAUUCACAUUGUAUAAUUAAAUACAGAAUAAAGAUGUUAUUAUAAUUUAUUCUAUGUUUUUAAAAAUUGUUCAAUUGUUAAUAUAAUAAAUAUAAUUGAUGUAAUUAUUAAUCAUCCUUUAGAAAGAUUGAAAUCUUAAAAAAAUUUUAUAUUAGAUAGAAUGAAUAAAAAUAAAAUUACCAUUGAUAUCUCUCUUAAUAAACUAUUUUAUUUUGUUUAACUUAAUUUUGGUUGCUCUACAAUUUUGCCUUCUUGCAAAGAAAUUUGUUGUAAUUUUUUUCCAAUACGUUCUUGUACAUCCAAGUAUUUAGCAAUACAACGAUCAAGACAUACAGAUUCACCUUUACUUAAUUCUGAACUAGUAUACUUAGGUGGAAUACAUUUUCUAUGACAUGCUGCUGUCAUACGAUGAAACAUAUCAGUCAUCAUUUCUAUUUCUAUGUCUCGUACUAACUUCAAUUGUUCUUCACUAAACUGAGGUAAUCCAGCCAUUUUUUAAAUAAUUAUCAAUUAUUAUUUUACAAUUAUUUAAAUGCACAAAUAAGUCUAAUUAUUAUUAGAAAUCUGGAACUGUCUCGUUUUCAUAUUUUUAUAUCUUUUUGCAUUUAUAUUUUUUCUUGCUUUUGAAAAAGCAUAUACUCCUAUUCCAGCAGAUAUAAACCUGUAAAAAAAGAUUACCUACUUACUAAGUUCAAAAUUAGAUUGAAUAUAUAAUAUUAAAGAUAACGAUUAUAUAUUAUUAAAUACAAAGAAAUGUUAUUAAAUUUUAAAUAAAAAUACAAGUACAUGAUUUUUAUGUAAAAAGUUAACCACAAAAAACGGCUAUUACGACAGAACAGCGAUUGAAAUAUCUUACAUUUACAUACCUACCAUCCAAUCGCUAUCUUCGUACAAUUUUGUAAAGCCAUUCUUUUUUAAAUGUCGUAAAAUAUCUCUAUAAUAAAAAUUAAUUGUUUAUAUACCUGUACAUUCAUUCAUACAACUUUGUGACCACGCUAUUAUGCGAUCAUGUGACUAAGUAAAA